GCCCCGACUACGCCCUCUGAAUCUGGAGUGUUAUCACCCCUCGGUGGCAGGAAAAGGCGGCUCCUCGUGUGAGUGACUGAGAAACCGGCCUGAUCGGUUUGGUUUUCGAGGAACACGCUCGCAUGUAAAACGUCAUGUGGUUUGGUUUGGUCGCGUGAGACCCUGAACUGGUCAGAUCAAAGGUUGGUGGUGCACAUCGGGGGCUGGACAGAUGGACAGUAGAGUGAGCCCAUGACAUCACCGCAUAGACGGAGACGGGUGGGGUCUGUGGAGAGGAAGAAAGGGGGACACACUAUAAAGGGGGGGGUUGCUUUUUUCAUAAUAACCCCCUCCAUCUUCCCACUUAGCCAGGAGUUGAGAGGUGCCAGGGGCCAUCAGGUGUCCUUUUUUAGAGAGGAGUUAUGUUUCAGAUCCAAGUCCCCGCAGCACUAAAAUAAAGCUCUCUGCUCUAGAAGUUUCCUUCAUGAGAUGUAACACAGAUGAUCUACUGCAGACAGUUUGCCAAGGGGAUGCUGGGCAUUCCUGUGUAUGCAACUGUGCACACACAUGUGGUAUAUGUCCACGCUCCAGAGGUCAGUCAGCAGUUAAAUAAAGCAACGCACCAGAAGUGAAGGAAUGACCAGAGAGGGAGGGGGAAGGAGAGAAUGAGGGGGGGAGGAGGGGGGAGCAGGGGAGAGACAGAUUUAUCUCCACAGCUGAGAGCUGCCCCUCUCCUCUGUGGUUUGGCAUGAAUCAUGGAUAGACAGCUGAGAGGUGAAGAGUGAAGGGGGUGAAAAAAGGAAGAUAAACCGAGUGCAGGAGAAGGACUGUGGACAUGGAUGCCCUAGCACUAGAGGCCACCAGCACUAAAAAGCCGGCAAACGGGGCGGUGGCGUCGGCGGCCGCCCCGGUGCUGGCUCAAGCCCCGGUCAAACGUAAACCUGCUAAAAAAGCUAAAAAGGCCAUUGUUUUCUUUGAGGUGGAGAUACUGGAUGCCAAGACCAAGGACAAGCUCUGCUUCCUGGACAAGGUCGAGCCAAAUGCCACUAUCGGAGAGAUCAAGUCUAUGUUCCACAAGAGCCAUCCUCAGUGGUACCCGGCCAGACAGUCCAUUCGCCUCGACCCCAAGGGGAAGUCUCUGAAGGAUGAGGAUGUUCUGCAGCAUCUCCCUGUGGGAACCACGGCGACCUUUUACUUCAGAGACCUGGGAGCCCAGAUCAGCUGGGUCACGGUUUUUCUGACCGAGUACAUGGGUCCGCUGGUCCUCUAUCUGAUGUUCUACUUCAGAGUUCCCUUCAUCUACGCACCCAAAUAUGACUUUACCACCAGUAAACACUGGGUCGUACAUCUCGCCUGCAUGUGUCACUCUUUCCACUUCGCGAAGAGGCUGCUGGAGACGCUGUUCGUGCAUCGCUUCUCUCACGGUACGAUGCCGCUACGUAACAUCUUCAAGAAUUGUACCUACUACUGGGGCUUUGCAGCAUGGAUGGCCUAUUACAUCAACCACCCGCUGUACACACCACCCAUCUACGGCGAGCAACAAAUCAGACUGGCCCUCAUCAUAUUCCUGUUCUGUCAGAUCGGCAACUUUUCCAUCCACAUUGCUCUUCGGAACCUCCGUCCACCAGGGUCUAAGACCAGGAAGAUUCCUUAUCCAACCAAGAACCCCUUCACCUGGAUCUUCCUGCUGGUCUCCUGCCCCAACUACACCUACGAGCUGGGCGCCUGGUUCGGCUUCACACUGAUGACUCAGUGCCUGCCGGUGGCCUUCUUCACCUUGGUGGGUUUCAUCCAGAUGACCGUGUGGGCAAAGGGGAAACACCGCAGCUACCUGAAGGAGUUCCGCGACUACCCUCCUCUGCGCUCGCCCAUCCUGCCCUUCAUCCUUUAGAGGACACCUUCGCCGCUCCUCGCUUGUAGGAGUCAAAUACACCCCCUCCCUAAAUGAGAGGGUGCUCUCCUGUUUUCCACCCUCCAAACUGGAACUGACUGAAUCUAACAAUGUCCCUUCUCCCUCCACAACCAAAUCUUCUUUUACCUCCUGUCUGCCAUCCCUGUAAUAUUGAUAAUAUUGAGUGCAAAUUUCUUUUUAUCACCCACAAGCUCACACUGAUUGAUUCAUUGAAGUGUUUGAGCUGCUCAGUUUAUACUGAAUAACAAACUGUACAUACAUGUUAAGAUGCCCAACCACUCUGCCAUCUCAUACUGUUGUCUGGAGGCUGAAUCUGCAGUUUAGUUUUUAUAUCCAUUCAUCUAAAUUUCAAAUCAUGACAGCAUGUCAUUUUGAUGUUGGAAGUAAUUUAUUAAAAAAAAAGGUAAACCAAACUGCUGUUGCUUUGCUCCGUUAUUACAGAUCACCUCUGUGUUCCUAAGACUCCAGAGUUAUCGGAGCUUUGUACGAGGAUGUAUUGUGUGAAGUUUUAAGUGUCGCUAAUAGAAUAAAUGACAUUUUACAGGUUCAA